AUGGAGCUCGAGUUUGCUCGGAAGGUCUCCAUGUCUUCACAACAACUUCUCGUGCGUCAAGUUGUUCGUUCAGCCCACCAAACCAGGGCGUAUGGCAAAGUCAGGGGAGAUUUUCCUUUAAAAGUGCAUAGAAAUGUGCGCGUAAUUUCAUCUUCAGUGACGCGCUCGGCAGCAGCUGCUCCGAAACUGAAACCGACACCGACAUCAACGCCUCCCCCUCCAUCUUUUGAGCCUGCACCACAGCGGGAGCAAUCAUGGUUGACCACGAGAGUCAAGGCAUCUCCACUCCUUUUCUCAAUAUUCCUCUCUGUAGCACGCGUUCUUGGCUAUGGCUCGCCGCAACAGUUCGCUAAUCGACGUGCGCUGGUCUUGUACAACACCCUAUGUGCCACGCGUGCUGACGAAACGCCUGUAUUUUGGAGAGAAGAAUGCUCUCUUCCGCCAACUUUCCAGUCCUGGUUUACAAUCACGAACCUGCAUGUCUGGCUGCUUACUGUCCGACUCCGUGCUCUCCCUGCACCACACGGGACACAACAUGUGCAAGGGCUCAUUGACCACUUCUUUCAAGACGUCGAGGAACGCUUGCGCGCUGUUCUCCAACCAGGUGUCUUACCUCCUCGUCCUUCAUCGCCACAUUUAUCUAGUACUGCUGAGGAUGGUUCACACUAUCCGCAUAGCUCCUUUUAUACCACGCCUACUCCCCUUGCGCCCAAAAGUACCUUUCCUUCAACCAAAGCCUACCAAGAGGCCGUAAAACUUCAGAAUCGCUCUCGUGCACCAGAAAAGUUGAUCAUUAGGCAGAUGAAAAUUCUAAAAGAGCAAUGGGCUGGGAUGGGAAUGAGUUUGGACCUUGGCCUCGUAAGGGGAGAUGCUGAGAUGGCUGCGGCAGUUUGGAGGAAUUUAUUAGGUGCACGGGGUGCAAGUGGGAUUGGGCUGAGCCAAGAGGGUACCGGCAGCGGUUAUCGGAGAGCGGUUAACCUAGUUGGUGGACUUGUCGAGGAUGUGAGAAAGGUGGACGUAGAUAAGGAAGAGUUGAAGGACGACAACAGUGGUGUGCAUGACUUUGCACCUUCGGAAAAUGACCGGUAUGUGUAUUAUUCCCUUCUGGCCUUUCCUCAACGCGCGUGCGACAAUGCUGUCUCUAGUGUGCCCACCCGUGGCACUUGCGCUAUAAAGCAUCCAUUAUCUCGUUCAUAUUAUUCCUUGCUAAUUGUUACUUACUCCAGAUAUAUCGGGUAUCCAGAGCUGAUGGUCACACUCGUCUCUUACAUCCGCCGUGAAAUUUUACGACUGGAGCGUCUCGACGACAGUGUCAUCAUGGGACCACGGCGUGUCGGAUGUGAGGGUGAAGGCGUUCAGGACUUGAGAUGGGGAGACGUUCAAAACAAUGUGCGGAGGUGA